GCGUUUGCCCCGCGCGGCGACGCGCGAUGGUGGUGAGGUGGGUGGUUGCGUUUGCGCCGCGCCGGGGUGACCGCGACGGCGGAGACGGCGCGGGAGGGCGCAGCUAGGCGGGGAAGGCGUGGAUGGACGCCGAUGAUGCCGCCCGGAGCCGCAGAAGGAUGGAUCUGAACCUCUACCUCGGCCUCCCCCGCGCCCCGCGCCCGCGCCGCCCCGAUCUCGGCUCCGACCUCGCCCUCGGCAAUUCCAUGCUCUCCUCCUCGCCUUCCUCCUCCGCCGCCUCCGCGGACGCCCCGCCGCCCGACCGGGACCGGGACCGGGACCUGGACCCGCUCCACCCGCCCUACUCCCCCACCCGCGCCGACCUGAUGCGCCCGCCGCCCGAGCCAUACCACAUCUCCGCCUCCGUGCUGCGCGCGCCCUACCUCCAGGCCGAGGAGGUUCCCAUAACCGAGCUCGCCCAAGAGUUCGGCUUCUCGCACCCGCCCCCGCCACCCCCACCGCCGCCGCGGCCCAGCGAGCUGCUCGGCUGGGUCGACCGCCCCUCCUCCUCCACGGCCUCCUCCACCUUCCGCCCGGAGCGUUCCGAGCGCUACCGCCGCGCCAUCUCCAUGAAUGGCCGCCAGCUGCGCUGCCUCCGUCCCAGGCGCUUCCGCUCAGACCUUCCUCCUCUCAGCUCCGAGGCCCCUAGCCCGGACAACGAGGCUGCACUGGAACCGCCGCAACAGCAGCCCGUGCAGGAUGCCGUCGAGGAGAAUAAGGUGGUUGACAAUGGUGCCAUGGUGGGUGCCGAGGAUGAGCCGGCGGACCGUGGCAAGAGCACUGCCAUGUUUGAGUGCAACAUCUGCUUUGAGAUGGCCGACGAGCCGGUGGUCACUUCUUGCGGCCAUCUCUUCUGCUGGCCUUGUUUGUACCAGUGGCUGCAUAUUCAUUCCACCCACAAGGAAUGCCCUGUCUGCAAAGGUGAGGUCACUGAAGGAAACAUCACUCCUAUCUAUGGGAGAGGGAAUUCAACUUCCGAUGUGGAGAAGAAAGUCGCAGACGAUGGCAACGUGUCCAGUCCUAACAUUCCCGCCAGGCCACAUGGGAACCGGCUUGAGAGUUUUCGACAACAGUUCCAUCAUUUGCGCCCAAUUUCUCGUAGGCUUGGCGAGGCACAUGGGAUAUUAUCUUCUUGGAGACGCAUUCUUGAUCAGCAGAUUAUGACUAGCGCGAGUAGGUUUGAAGGGCCUCCAGAAUCAUCUGUCCAGGAGAUGAUAGAUCAUGCUCAUCAGACUGGCCGUUUAAGCCGAAUUACUACUAGGAUGAGAGCAAGGAGGUUGCAAAGGGAAGCAGAAAAUCCUGCAUUUGUUUCUUCAUCUAUUCCAGACGGCGGGAUGCCAGGAAGCAGCACGCCGGAUCCUCCUAGGCGUAGUUCAAGUCCACUUUCCUCGGAAGGAAUUGAUUUAUUGCAACGCCUUACCCUUGUUGGCCUUGCAAAUACGGAAAGGUUGGCAACUGCAGUGAGCGAUCUUAGAAGAAUAUCCAGGCCAAGCCUCCGAGCAUCAACUUCGUCAAAUUUACCAAAUCAUGAGCCGCCAGUUGAUGGAAUUCAUGCUGCUGCAGCACCGUCUGCAGAUCAAACUUCUAAUUCAAGCACAAUGGCUGUGAUUCAGGAGGAUGCUGCUUUUACUGAAAGCGUAGGAGAACCUAGCAAUGCAGGGUCCUCAAGAACCCUGAGGAGGAGGGGAAGAAGCGACGCCUUAGGUUCGUUGGAUGUGGAUGGUGGCGAAACACACCGGAACAAGAGAAGGCGGCUGAACUAAAGCUAAGAAGGCCGAACCGAGUAUUGCAGAGGCUUCAAUGUUGCUCCAGUUUUUACGCUGCCCUGCUGUUGUUCUUGCUACUGGGCAAAGAGGUAUGUUAAGUCGCAAUAAAGAAGAAAAGCAUUCCCUUUCCUUUUAUGAUAAUCUCAUCUUUGUUCUUGGUUGAUGUUUCCGAUGUGGAUCGUGAAAUACAUUGGUUGACGUUUCCGAUGUGUCAAGUCGCAAUAAAGAAGGAAAGCAUUUCCUUUUAUGAUAGAUAAUCA